CAUCAAUUUGCAUGGCUCUCUACCUCUUCUCCCAGGAAGCCCCUGCAGUAGCUUCAUCUAAACAUCAUGGCCCGGCGGAUUAUGUCCUGCCGGGGGAACGGCUCCCCUGGUCGACCGCAAACUCCAAAGAACGAACCUGACAACCAACCAGCAUCUGCCAUCUACCAGAUUCCGUACAGACCUGUAUCAGGUCCUUCACGCGAAUCAUCUCAAACAUCGCCACCUGCCAACUCAGCUGGCAUUAAACGGGAGCGGUCCGGACAACCCAGGACCCCUGCCCGCAACCAACGUUUCCAAAGCUCGGACUGGUCCAGUUCCGACGACGAACUGGAUAGCAGUUCAUCCUCCAGUGCCAGCGACUCAGAUGACAGCUCAUGCGAGGGCAAGCAUGGCUGGCGAGGCGCUGUCCCUGCAUACGUUUUGCCCCAAAACCACCGGUUCCAGGAUAUCAGACCGGAACUGGUACAAUCCAUCCUAGAUUCUCUCGAACGCUGGAUGAAAACUACUCGAUACGUUUCGCCGCCUGACGACAGGUUGCCACCCCGGAAAAGACUCCGGACAUCACACUGGCAGGAGGGUGAAGACAGCGACGACGGGUUCGUAGUUGUCGACCCCCCGACUGGGUACUUUCACCUAGCCUGCCCACUCUACGUUGCCAACCCGGCCAAAUAUCAAGAUUGUUUACUGCACCACGACCUGCAGUCUAAUGAAGACGUUAUCCGCCAUAUUUGGCGCAACCACAUGAAGCCACCCUACUGUCCUAUCUGCUCCAAGACUUUUGAUAGUCUGUCUAGCAGGGAUUCUCACAUCUUGGAGAGGAAGUGUGAGCUUCGUGACCUACAGCCUAUCGACGGCAUCAACUUUUACCAAAAGUCCAAGUUGAAAAGAAGAGACCGGGUUUAUCUCGGUGAGGCAAAGCGCUGGAGACGCAUCUAUGCCACUGUGUUUCCCGCCUCGGACCGUUCUCCUUCUCCGUACCUAGAUAAGGGAUGUGGAAAAGCUGUUUCCAUGGCCCGAGAUUACUGGGCGGCAAAGGGCCGACGCAGCGUCUCCAGGUUCCUGGAGAGCCGCAAGUUGCUCGGGGAGGAUGAUGAUGAGGAGGAUGCACAUGAGGCAUUGUGCGAGCUGGUAUUGGAGGAUGUACUCCAGGAAAUAAUUAGACGUCUCUUUUGUAAGGAGGAACUUAAUUGGAAUAUCGUUUUUCUCUUCUUAAGCACGACGUAUGUCGAGCUCCUUCAUUCCAAAUCAACGCCAGGGCGGUGUGAUACUCAGAGCCUCUGUGCUUCAGAGUCCUCAGAGCAACACCAGCUAGGUGGUACCACUCAUUAUCCCAUCAAGGGCCGGGCUUCAACUAUAACAAAGAUCACAACCAAUAUCAAAACUUCACAGCGUCAUAUCUCAAUGCUAAUACAGUGGGAUAGCGGCAACUUCAAGGAGUCCUACCCCUUAACUGCCACUGUUAACACCCGACCUCGAGAGUAA